AUGUCUACCUCCAUUGCACCGAAACGCCCAGCCUCCCCUUUAGAGGAUGAUCGUCUUACCAAGGCAGCUCGACCAUCCUGGACGGCGACCAAGAUCAGUGACUUGUUGGCUCUGUUCGAUACCGAUAUCAGUUAUCUCGAUAUAGAAGUAGCUCGGCCGGGAUACACGCCAUCAACUGACUAUGAUCAGGUCACUUGGGCAUGGAAGCAGGGCUAUCUCGGCGACUACGAUAAGUUGCUCCUCCAAAAUAUGGAUUCUUCUCGGUCCCCAGGAGAUUAUGGAAAUGUAGCUGCGAUUGUACAGUCUUCUGGGUAUGGAAAAUCGAGGACGGUCGACGAGAUUGCUAAACAAGUGUUCACAAUCCCAAUGAAUGUUCGAAACCCAAUUGAUACUUCAUUUGGAGCUUAUCCUCCGCCCGAUCUAGAAUUGCAUGAAUUCUUAGCCAACUCAGGACUUCUCGUCUCUCGGACAAACGCUUUUGCUUUUGUUAUGCAUCUCGGCGAAACGGUCAUAAAAUUUGUCAAACAAAUGAUCAAAGACGUAUGUUGGACGAUCCUGGUGGCUGGAAUUCGGCCGUCCCUUACCCAUUCAGACUUUGCAACCAAAUGGCGGGAGUACUUGCUCAAGGACAUCCCACCCCAGUACCCUCUCAUUGAGGGUACCGGUGCUCUCGUUGACUCGAUUUAUGAAGCGCAGCAGGGCAAGGUCAGAGACCUGAUUUUAAGAGCAGAGCACGGCACAAAGCUCCUGCAGGCGCUUAACCUACUAUCUGUGGCCAUCUCUAACUUCUGUUUGAAGCCCGUCGAACUUAAUGAUGCCGGCCUCGAGAAUCCCUAUAUGGAACUUGCAGAAAUAAUACCACCCCAAAUGAGCUCUACACGACAGCUAGCGCUUUUAGACUCGCUUCUGGGCGUAUUCGUUCAUCCUCGCCAGACCCAAGCCAAAUCGCACCACCUCGAGAUGAUUCAACAUCACAUGAGGACUGUUUUCACCAUUUCCGAAAACCGCCAAAUAAUCCGAUCUGGUUAUCCCUCGGAACCCAUUUUGUCCUCGACUGCCUUGAGCGUUGUCUGUCGAAUUGACCACAAGUACAGAUGUGAUGCUCUCGCAGAGAUCUUGUCCACGUCUAACUCACCUUUGGCUCCCGAUCCUGGGCAUAGAGGAGAGCAAGCGGCUACGAUCAUCUUGUUGCGUGCUUAUGCAGCUGCUGUAGAGGAAAUGUUUUCGACCUUUGCUACUAGUCAAAGCGGGUCUUUUCACUAUUGCAAAGCCGUGCCGUUGCUGAAGUUUCUGAAACACCUUUUCAAAUUCCAUAGCGUAUUUGUUGAAAGUCGACCGGAUAAUCAUCUGGAGGGACAACCCUUCGAACAAGCAUUCAAGGAUUAUACAGUUCGCUUCAACCAUUUUGUUCGUGCAGAAAACUCUAGCGUCAUGACCGCGGAAGCGGCUUUUGUGAUGUAUCUUCGUUGUGCUGUUGUAAUGGGGUCUGCACACAACAAAGAUUUUGACAUCAUGAUUCCCGCUGUGUAUUCAAAGGCGAACAAUCCAUUGGACUCCAAGAAGGUCACUGCCAUUCUAGUCUCUUUGAAGCGGAUCCCACUUUCAGGAAAAGUCAUUACUCAUCCUAUCGACGAGCGAGUCAUUCCCUUCUUCCGACCAUUCGGGACGAAAAGCACUGCUAAGCGCUUGUCCAUUAGUUUGACAAUUCCUUACAUAUCACUUGCCAUGAACCUUGCAGCUUCAUACUCUAAACCACACAAUACUCAGGAGAAGGAGAAGACGAGGGAGAACGGUGAACAGAUGAAGCAUGGACGUGGAACAUCAGUCUUGCGGAGAUCAAGGCAGGAGUCUCCCUCAUCCGACGGAGUUCUCGAUCGGCCCCUCGGGAACACCCCCGCUACUGUCACUGAUUUCUUUGCUGACCAUCCGCGCCAACACACAAUAAAGGAGGUGUAUGCCAUGAAACCGGUUUGGACUGCCGGGUUCAGUUUCGGUUUUGUGAAUAUGAAAGAGAGCUUCCUAACUGCGGGGAUUGAGAACGAAUGUAUAAUUGAUGGGGUUCAUGCUCAGGUUGAUGAAACAGACGACGAAACAGACGAGCAUGAAGUAGCGGACAAAUGAAGUAGGGAAACGGCCCCUAGGUUUCUUGCAUUGCGCCGACAUGUAUCAACCAACGAAAGUACCGUUUCGUAUUCGAUGUUUUAAUGGGACUCUGUUCUCAAUGUUGUAAAUUAUGCCUGGCCUGUUCAUAUAUUUCCAGCAAUUUUCGUAGUUAACGAAAAAACAAUAACGGUUUUUGAGC